GAAGAAGAAGAAGUGAAGAAGAAAUAGCAAGCAAAUAAGAAUAUUUAUGAUCUUCAAAGAUGGCCACAACCACUUCGCCAACUGCUCCAACCACUGCACCUCAGAAGAAAAAGAGAAAUCACCCUGGAACUUCAUAUCCGGAUGCGGAAGUGGUAGCACUGUCUCCCAAGACUCUAAUGGAAACAAACAGGUUCACCUGUGAGGUAUGCAACAAAGGGUUUCAAAGAGAGCAAAAUCUACAGCUCCACAGAAGAAAACACAACCUGCCUUGGAAGCUCAAACAGAAGAGUACAAAAGAAGUGAAGAGGAAAGUUUAUCUUUGCCCGGAGCCCACAUGCGUCCACCACGACCCUUCCAAGGCGCUCGGCGACCUCACCGGCAUCAAAAAGCAUUACUUGAGAAAACACGGUGAGAAGAAAUGGAAGUGCGAGAAAUGUUCCAAGAGGUACGCCGUGCAAUCCGAUUGGAAAGCUCAUUCGAAGACUUGUGGCACUAGGGAGUACAGAUGUGAUUGUGGCACUCUUUUCUCAAGACGUGAUAGUUUUAUUACUCACCGAGCCUUUUGCGAUGCACUGGCUCAAGAGAGUGGUAAGCACCCCACCAACUUAAGCACAAUGGGCAGUCAUCAUCUCUUUGGAAGUAAUCAUCACAUGAGUUUAGGUCCAUUACAAGACCAGAACCAAGUUCAAGCAUCAAGUAACCUGUUGCUGUUGGGAACUACUUCUUCUGGACCACCAAAGUUCGAUAACCUUAUCUCUCCAUCGAAUCCUUCUUCAUUACAGAACAUGCCAUCAUCAUCUAUGUUCUUCAUGUCUGAUGCUGCAAACCAAGGAGCCUAUCUCAACGAGCCAUUGCAUGGGCUUAUGCAACUCCCCGACCUUCAUGGCAGUACUAACAAUUUAGGCUUCUUUUCGAAUAACAGCGCUGCGAGCAGUAUAAGUACUGGUGAAAUUGGUGGUGGUGGUCGAGGGCCGGCGGCGGCGAUGUUCGCUUCUCUUUAUAGCACUUCAAUGCAACAUGAGAACAUUUGUCCGCACAUGUCGGCCACUGCAUUGCUUCAGAAAGCUGCGCAGACAGGUUCAACUACAAGCAACAGCAACACUUCCAUUUUGCUAAGGGGAAGUGAAACUCUAAGAUCAUCACAGAUGGAGGAUGAUGGCAAUCUUCAAGGACUAAUGAACUCUCUUGCAAAAGGCGACUCUUCGAAUUUCGAUGGCGGCGGGCAAAGUAACAACUUUGGAGGAUUCAGUGGCGGUAAUUCUAACUUUUGUAACUUUAACGAGGCGAAGUUGCAGCCAAAUCUUGCGGCGGCUAUGGGCGGCGGGACUGAUAAACUGACCUUGGAUUUUCUCGGCGUCGGAGGAAUGGUAGGAAACAUAGGUGGUGGAGGCUUUCCGCCGAGAGAACAACAUAGGAUCGAUGUUAGUGCUUUGGAUCCCGACAUGAAAUCAUCAGCUCAAGCAAAUGCUCAACAAUUUGGUCGUGCAAACCUUGUCUGAGCACCUAGGCAGGCCAAGCUUUGUAGGG